AUGAGCGCGCUAAGAAGCAGGAACUCCGGAACGGACUGCCCGUCACGAAAGGAAGGCCUGCAUGCAGGGACUGCAUCUGAAACGGGGCCUAAGAGAGAAGAAGAGGGAACCUGCGAUGGGGUGUACGUCUCGAUCCGUGACCAAGGCGAUCCGCGCGAUCAGCUGCUUUCUCCCCGAGAGACAAUUAAAGACCAGGAGCCCGAUGACAGGCGAGGCGACGCCCAACGCUCUCGAGUUUCACAGCCUCUCUUCCGCGAGAACCGCGGCGAGAAGCUCUUGCAUUCCGCAUCUCCGCCUCUUUUCUCAUCUUCUACGUCUGUCGGGUCCUCGCCUCAGCCGUUUCUCCUGCCUCCUGCGGCACCUCUGGCGUCUCUGCGGCCUGCGAGUGGACGCAGCGGUGCACGCUCUUCUUCGAGUCGCGGUAACGCAGACAAAUUGCGUUCCAGGCAGACUGCGAGGAACGUGAUCGAGGCUCCGUCGUUCCCUGGAGUUCCGGACCAGCGGAGCCGCGGCCGCCAGGCUGAAAACGCCCGCGAAGGCGGACGCGUUCGGUUGGCUAGGCAGAGUUCGCUGGGUCGCCUUCACAGCUCACUCCGGCAGGGCCUUCUGCGAAGCGGCUUGCCGGUGCGAAUUGCGCUGGAGACCUCUGAGGUGGUGUCUCUGCAGCCGCCGCCGCCGCUUUUCCUCUUUCUCCCGCGGUCUUCGUAUCUUCCGCAAAUCGUGAACGAGUGCGUGACGCGCUUUCGCUUCUUUCUCCGCCCUACGCAGACCCGCGGAGUCGCAGGUCCCGAGCGCCCCCCGUCGCCGUCCUUCUCCUGCCUGGGCUUCCCGCUCGACUGGCGCCUGCCGCUGGGUGUCUCCGUCGACCUCCUCGCGGGCCAGCAUCUGCCGUGUGGGGUGCGUCCCCCGCUCUGGCGGGACGCAGGAGACGCCGGAGACCCUGCGGGGAGCGACGCAGGAGACGGGGCGGUGCUCCCCACCCACGAGAGAGAGACGCAGGACGCGGGCGACGCGGGCAGGAGAGGUCCCACUGCCAAGGCGAGGUCGGGAAGGAAACGAGCGUCUUUCCGGCGUACAGUGUCUUCUGUGCCUGCGGUCGACAGGGAUGCACUGGACCUUGUCGCGGUGUGUCCGCCGGAGGCCUGCGGAGCCGCUGUCCCCCUUCCCUGGCCGCUGACGUUUCACUUUCAUUCCUCGCCCACCACGCUCGCUCGGAGCGCGUCUGCGGGUGCGUCGCCAGGCGAACACGGAGACGAACGCGGCUGUGAGAAAGCGGGUGGAGGAGAGGGGCAGACGGUUCGCUGUCCGCCAGUGCUGCUCCCUCCCGCGAGCUCGCCGAGUUACGAGGGAUGGGCGGCGUUCGAGUCGAUGUUCCUCAAUAGCCUUCGACAGGCUUCUUACCUGCUCACGGGAUCUGCAGCCGCCUUCCAUAGACUCUCGAAGGCCGACGAGCUCGCACUGCUGGCCGCCUUCCGCAGUGCUGACUUGGCAGGCUUCCUCGAGGCCAUUGCGCCUCUGCAGGGUGGGGAUCCCGAGCGCAUUCGGGGGGAGGCGGCGGGCGGCGGAUCUGAGCGACGGAGGCGAGGCGACAGAGGGAUGAGCGGCCGGCACGAUCAAGCCGCGGUGCACCGGCUGCCAGUUCGACUCCACUUUGUCACGAGAGGCGUCGAGGGAUGCGAGCGAGAGAGCAACGUGUCAUGGGGUCAAGCCGUCGACGGAGCUGAAGGCAGGUGGGGGUCCGCGACCCAAGCGAUGGGGGGCUCCAAGAACGCACAUGCAGUCCCGCUGGUGAUGUCGAUGCUCAUGGCGGCGCCGGUCUUCGCGGAGACGCCGGCUGGGGCGCAAGGGGAUGUGCGAGGCCUCGCAGGCUCGGGGGCCGGAGGCGGAGGCGAGCAAGACGUCGCGGCUGCGUCUCUAGAGGGAGAGAGGAAGAAGGAAGGAGGCCGAGAGGGAGACAAAGCGGAAGAAGAACGGCAACGCAGACAGGCCACUGGCGAAACAGGGCCGAUGCAGGCUGGACAGGCGGCGAGCGUGUCUUUGAGGAAAGGAGACACUGUAGAAACGUCGAAGUCGGCGCGUCGUGCCUGCAUCGACGAGUUUGACAUACGCGAAUUCUACACUCUCGGCGACCUUCUCCACUCGACGUUGCCGCAGCUGUUUCCCCAGAAGGUAUGGCACUGCUUGGAAAGCAUGAGCCGCGCGCGCCGUCGCUCCGAGUUCUCAGCCGACAGAGAGGCCGGAGCUCCGGCGGAGAGGCGAAGAGACAGAUCGCACAGGACUCUCUCGCCUUCGCUUGCUGAGAGGGGCGGUCGCGAAGCGCCGGCAGAUGUGCGUGGAGCCCUGCCGCGGCGGGAGGAAGAGGCGGGAGGGAAGAGAGAAAGCAGCGAGGAAGCAUGGUUUUCUGGAAGCGAAGAAGCUGAUGCAGCUGGUGGAAGCGACUACUCGGAGGACCAGCGCGAGUCUGCAAACAGUGAGUGGGAGGACGAGGAAGGAGACGACGCGCAUGUGGAUACAACGAGAGAGAUCGUCGCCGUUCGAUCUCAGUUUCGCUCUCGGGGCUGCCGCGUCCUCGUCCAAGGCAUCGAACCGAUGCUCGAGACGCCCCUCUACUGGCUCUGGAAAAACGCGUCCUGUAUGGACUUGUUUCUCCACGUCGUUGUUGUUCUUCCCCCCACUGUCGUCGCUCCCGUCAUGCGCGGCAACCGCACUUAAACAUCAAAACAGCGUAGGACGUAGCGAAAGACGCGAUCUCGGUUCCUAUGGUGUCGACCAACUGGUGUAGAAGCCUGCUUGCAAAUGCGUAUAUUUACGUGUGAAUAGACACGUACACACGCUGAGCACGCAAAGAAAUCUCUAGGGAUGCUUGCAUGCGUAUGCGUUCUGAUGCAUCGAUGUACUACCGUUUUCCACGUGUCUUCGGUACAGAGUUGUGUGUCUGUGUGUGAGGAGUGGCAGCUUCGCUGUUGAGUUUGCGGAAACAGAAAAGGAGGCGAAGAUGCCGCGGAUGGGAAGGGAACGCAGCUCGAAGUCUCUUGCCGGUCCACUACAGGCAAAAUUCCACUUUCAAACUGUCGUGCGGUGUAAAUAACGCCUCUGUUGUGCACAAGGCAUUAGCGCGGGAGCGAGCAAAACCAUCAAAAUGUCUCAAUGUCGCCUUCUGCGAUUUUUCGCGCUCGAUCUCUGCGUGAGGAGUGAGUUGUUGCAUGCCUCAAGACGCGUUAUUGACACUUUUCGGCCGA